GUGACGCGGGGCUUCUGCGGAAGUGCAGCCUCGCCGCCGCCGCGGUUGUUUUCAGGGUUUCGGUGGUGGCGAGCGUCGGAACAGCGAAGAAGAAAAUGCCCGAGCUAGCGGUGGAGAAUGUGGUCGUCCACCCUUUGGUAUUGCUCAGCGUGGUCGACCAUUUUAACAGAAUAGGGAAGGUUGGCAAUCAGAAAAGAGUGGUGGGAGUCCUCUUGGGGUCGUGGCAGAAGAAAGUUCUUGAUGUGUCAAAUAGCUUCGCAGUACCGUUCGACGAAGAUGACAGGGAUGACUCCGUGUGGUUCCUGGACCACGACUACUUGGAGAACAUGUACGGCAUGUUCAAGAAAGUCAACGCCAGAGAGCGAAUUGUGGGAUGGUAUCACACGGGGCCCAAGUUGCAUAAGAACGACAUCGCCAUCAACGAGCUCAUCAAGCAGUACUGCACAAAUUCAGUGUUAGUCAUUAUUGACGUGAAGCCCAAAGACCUCGGCCUUCCAACGGAAGCGUACAUCUCCGUAGAAGAAAUACACGAUGACGGAACUCCGACAUCCAAAACGUUCGAGCACGUCACCAGCGAGAUCGGAGCCGAGGAAGCCGAAGAAGUGGGAGUGGAACACCUGCUCAGAGAUAUCAAGGACACCACGGUGGGCACGCUGUCGCAGCGCAUCACCAACCAGGUCCACGGUCUGAAGGGGCUCAACUCCAAGCUGCUGGAGAUCCGGUCGUACCUGGAGAGGGUUGCCGCCGGCAACCUGCCCAUCAACCACCAGAUCAUCUACCAGCUGCAGGACGUCUUCAACCUGCUGCCCGACGUCAAUCUGCUGGAGUUCACCAAGGCGUUCUACCUGAAGACCAACGACCAGAUGCUGGUGGUCUACCUGGCGUCGCUGAUCCGGUCCGUGGUGGCCCUGCACAACCUGAUCAACAACAAGAUCUCCAACCGGGACGCCGAGAAGAAGGAGGGCCAGGAGAAGGAGGAGGGCAAGAAGGAGAAGAAGGACGACAAGGAGAAGAAGGACGACAAGGAGAAGGACAAAACGGACGGCGCCAAGAAAGACGACAAGAAGAAGAAAUGAGCGCCUGGCGGGCUACGGGUCGGACUCGCGCUCAAGCGUCGGUUUAGAAAGACUGUCCUUGAUGAAGAGCGUGCUGAUGUUGGCUUCUUUUGUGUUCUGAAAGACCAGAACAUUUUUUUUUUUUGGUGUGUUUUCAUAGCUGCUACCCUACCACAAGUACGCCGACUUUGUGUAUCACUUAUUAAAUUGGACCCCUUUUCGAUUGA